AGCGAAAAGGAAAUGUGUCAUCUGUGGUUUGGUUUGAAAAGUGGAAAACUAGCUGCACAUGUCUUUUUUUACUGCAGAUUUACUUUAACGUUCAGGUUUCUCCAAGUCUGUUCUGCUUUAAAUUACUUGGAAGCUGUGCCUCAAGACAAGAAAAGAAGUGGCUUAUUAAAUAAGGUUAUAAUCAGAUUUUGAUCAACGAUUUUGUAAGAUUACCAGUAUACCCAUGGACAUGAAACUCAUUCGACAUUACAUGCAUCUUGCCUUUCUGAUGACAACAGUUUUUUCUUUGUCUCCUGGAACAAAAGCAAACUAUAUCCAUCUGUGGGCUAACAAUACUACUGUCUGGGAUCCAGAUAUUCAAAAUAAGACAGGCAGAAACCAAAAUCAAAACAUUAACACAAACUCUACAACAUCUAAAGUAGAGAAAAAAAGUAAUUCUACAAAUAUGCCUGAAAGAGCAACAUCAUCUCAUAUCAUAUCUUUAACUCCUAAAUCUGAACUGGAGUUGUAUACAGCUUCUGUUACUAGGAACAGUUCCCCACCAUUACAGAACAUCAAAAACACAAGCAAAAGUCACAGUGAAAUUUUCAAGAAAGAUGUCUGUGAGGAAAACAACAACAAAAUGGCUAUGUUAGUUUGCUUAAUUAUAAUUGCAGUGCUUUUCCUUAUCUGUACCCUUCUAUUUCUGUCAACGGUGGUUCUGGCAAAUAAAGUCUCAUCUCUCAGACGAUCAAAACAAGUAAGCAAGCGUCAGCCUAGAAGCAAUGGCGAUUUUCUGGCAAGCAGUGGUCUGUGGUCUGCUGAAUCAGACACUUGGAAAAGAGCAAAACAGCUCACUGGGCCCAACCUGAUGAUGCAAUCUACUGGAGUGCUCAUGGCAACAAGGGAAAAAAAAGAUGAAGAAGGAACUGAAAAACUCACUAACUAACAGAUGCUUUAGUAAAGAAAAAGGCAAAGUAACAAUGAGGAACUUUAUGGAGUAAUACCAAAGUCAGUUUGAUAUUUAAUGCCAACAUGUUGGUCUGAUGGUCUAAAAUUUGACAUCAUAGACCUUGCAAUUUUAGACUUAGGCAGGUGAAAAUGGGAGAAGUAUGCCUGCUUACUUAAGUUGUGCACUUUCAUUCUGACACUGAAUAUUUUAAAAAGCAAAUAAUAAAACAACCAAAAAUUUAGGCAAGUUUUUAAAGAUAUGUUGAAGGAACUAACAAAGGCAGAAAGGGACAAUUAAAUAUUUUUUGUUCAACAACAGUAGUUAGAUGAUCUUUGUCUGAAUAUAAGUAAACUUUGAAGAGUUUUAGUGUGUCUUUAGAGACAAGUAUAUGCUUUAACAUCUAACAAGUCAAAUUUCUAAUGCAUAGAGUUGAACUGUAUAGUUUAAUGGUACCUUCUUUGCUGAAUGUGACAAAAUCUAUACCAACUCUUAUAUCAACACAGCUAAUGUCAUGCUGGAUGUUUUCAUCUUUAGACACACAUAAGAAAGUGUUUUUCUACUAUAAAUAUUUAAUUAAAACUUUUAAUUUUGUAUAAUAAAUUAAGACUUGUUAGAAUAAAACUGACUAUGCAUAUUUGCAUUCAUUUGCAUUACCUGAGGGAACAGAGGCAAAGAUCAAUUAAGAAACAGAGCACAACUGAAACAGAUGAGAUUUAU